AUGCCAAUGUUAACACGGAAUGCGAGUAAACAUUGUGCGACUACCACAGAAUGUAAUGAUUUGAAUGUUAAUGAAUUGGAGGAAUCGAACGAAAUGAAUGUACCGGAAGUAAAUUUAUUGGAAGAAAAUAAUAAAUCGAAUGAAACUGACAAUAUGAAUGAAGAGAAUGGAUGUACGUCAAACCCUCCCACGUGUUCAGUAGAUACGAACACUUUAAUCGAUACACUCGUAAAACAAAACAGUAUGCUUAUGGAACUAUUGAAAGGACAACAAAACAGUAAUAAACCAUCGAACGACAUAACUAUCGCACCAGAUCUGAACAAGUCGAUACCGGUAUUCAAUGGAUUGUGUACGGGUUCACAAGCUCUCGAUUGGUUACGGACGGUAAACAGUGUUGCAAAUUUGCACCGUUGGCCAGAUAAUUUCAAACUUCAAUCUGUGCGGGCCAAUUUAGAAGGCGCGGCUCGACACUGGUUUGCAUCUCGAGAAAUAGAACAUUGGUCAGAUUUUGAGAGACAAUUUCAUAAAACUUUUAUUGGUGUGGUUAUGAUUGGCGACCGUUGGAAGGAAAUGUCGCGGCGCGUUCAGUUACGAAACGAAAAUAUACGUGAGUACUACCACGAAAAAGUAUUUUUAUGUCGUCAAGUCGGUAUGUCGUUUUAUGAAAGUAAAAUUCAGAUACUGGAAGGGUUAUAUUCGAAAGACUUAAGUGUGUAUUUGCUCGGACGUAAUCAUGUGGAUGAAGAUGAUUUAUUAAGCGAUAUAGUCGAGUACGAACGGCUCGAUAUAUCCCGUUCUACACGUGUUCGGCAAAUACCAAGCGUUAAAGAAAGUGUGUCACAAAAAUCGACUACACUGCAUGGUCCAAACAAUGUCGUGUCUAUUAAACAAGAAGAUACGAAAAUGACCGUAGAACGAAAGGACGAAUCGUCGCGUUUAUGUUAUAAUUGCGGCUCAAAAUUGCAUUUAUCACCGCAGUGCCCAAAACCUAGACGCGAAAAGGGAGCAUGUUACGAAUGCGGGUCGACGACGCAUCAACGAGGUUCGUGCCCAGCACUCAAGCGUAGGAAUGACGAGGGGAAGAAAGAAAAAUCGGCCAGUUUGAUGAGUAUCGACGUCGCACGAGACCACCAGGAUCCGCUCGACGAGUAUUCAGCACCGUACGAGGUACAAUGCCAAUUCAACGUUCCGGUGGAGGAGUCCGAGUUUUGCUGCAUUUCCGUCAAUGCUGUAGUCGACACGGGAAGCCCGAUCAGUUUGAUCAAGAGUGAGUUGGUUCCAAACAUAGCACAAUUAAAUACGGGAAAUUCGGACGCAACCGAUAUUAAUUUUAAAGAAAUAUUGUGUAUUGAUUACGACGAUUGUGCGAUUAAAAAUAAUGAUAAUAAAUUGAACGUAAACCCAGUAUUAAGUUUAGAAUUGAGGAACGCAUUUAAUGAGUUAUAUAGUGUUGAUUAUAUUUCGAAUAAGAACACACGGGACGAGGACAAUAAUUUAGACUUUGAUAUGAAAAUAAUUCUUAAGCAUGAGCAGCCUAUUUCAUUUCGUCCCCGACGUCUUUCGUAUAGCGAACAACGUGAUCUACGUGUUAUCAUUGACGAAUUAUUGGCCGAAGGUAUUAUAAGAGAGAGCAACAGUCCGUAUAGCAGUCCUAUUGUGUUAGUUCGGAAAAAAUCUGGAGAUUAUCGAUUAUGUGUAGAUUAUAGGGAGUUAAACAAAAUCACGAUUAAAGACAAUUUCCCGACUCCGCUGAUUGACGAUCAGUUGGACAGACUAAAAAAUAAAAAAAUAUUCACGUCUAUUGAUUUAAAAAACGGUUUCCACCAUGUCCGUAUGAAUGAAAAGUCCGUACAGUAUACGUCUUUUGUUACACCUUUAGGACAGUACGAGUAUUUAAGGAUGCCAUUUGGCUUAACAAAUUCCCCACGAGUGUUUAAUCGAUUUAUUCAAUUCAUUUUCCGUGAAUUAAUUGGCCGGGGGGAACUAAUGGUAUAUCUAGACGAUUUAUUAAUAGCGUCAGGUACACCUAGGGCAAACGGACAGGUCGAAAUCGUAAACAAGUCUAUUGUGCCUAUGCUCGCUAAACUAGCGGAUGCCGUAAAUAAAUGGGAUCGAGUGUUAUAUAAGGCUGAAUUUGCUAUUAAUAAUACAAUACACAGGUCCACGGGGAAAAGUCCAAGCGUGUUAUUAUUCGGAAUUAAUCAAGUAGGUGAAGUCAACGACGAGGUACGUAGAACAUUGGAAGACGCGGUAACUGAGAACACGGUUGAUUUUGAGAGCAUGAGAUUAGAGGCCGCAAAUCGUAUUAUUAAGACCCAGGAAGCGAAUAAAAUACAAUAUGAUGCGAAACAUAAGGAAGCGACUAGGUAUAAAGAAAACGACUACGUAAUGAUCACUAAUACGGACGUGACAGUGGGGCGUAAUAAAAAAUUGAUUCCAAAGUUUCGAGGGCCGUAUGUCAUAAAGAAAGUUCUAGAUCGAGAUAGAUACGUGGUGAGCGACAUUGAAGGGUAUCAGGUCACACAACGUCCAUAUGAAGGUAUCGUAGGACCGGAUCGUAUGAAAAAGUGGGUUAAAUAA